AUGCAGACAUCCAUGGGUGAUCAGACAGCUGUGAUGAAGGAUACGGACAUGUCCGAAGAGAUGCAGCAACAUGCUGUGGAGUGUGCCAUUGCCCUAGAGAAAUACAGUGUCGAAAGAGAAAUUGCAGCCCUUAUAAAGAGGGAGUUUGAGAAGAAAUACAGUCCCACUUGGCAGUGCAUUGUAGGAAGGAAAUUUGGCAGCUGUGUGUCUCAUGAGACCAAACACUUCAUCUUCUUCCUCAUGUGUGGAGUAAAUAUUCUUCUGUUUAAAGCUGGUUAGAGCUGUGGAUCGUUGUUCAGUUGCUUGUGCUUACAGGACUGCACACUAACGGCCGCAGCUUAGUGCCUUCAGCCUUCCCGAAGAAGCAGAUCUUGGUCUUCAGGGGUAACGUCAGGGAUUUUUCUGGAGUGGUUGGUGGUUUUGUU